UUGUCUUCAGUAGUAUGAUGACUAGAAAGGGGAGAAAACAGCAGCUACCAAUUCACAUAAAUUUCGAUGGCUUGAAACGGUUCUACGAUGCAUUACCACUUCCAAUGCAUAAGAGGACAGCUAUACCAUCAUACUUCGUAGGUGCAUGUAGUCGGCGAGACAUGCUUUCAAGCUAUCAUAUCAUAGGCACACCGCGGGAACAGAUGGUUUUUGAUGCCAUGCAUACGUACACGCCAACAACUUGCACCCAGAGGGUUUGUGAUAUGUUCUUAGAGGUGUCUGAGCUUGUUUCAGUGUAUUAUGACACAUUGGAUUAUUUAAAUACGUUGCCAGAGUUGCCCUAGUGACGAGCGAUGUGCUAAAAUUUAGAAAAUCCCAUUAUACGCAACUGUCAACUUGGCAAAAUAGUAGUAACUCAUCGAUUUAAGACUAAUGCAAAA